CAUGAAACAAAUCAAUGUCAAUAAUGUACAUAUUUUAACCUUGGUGAGUGGUAGUGUCAACAAACACGGCCAUGCUAUCAUGAUUCUACUAACGGGUGGUGAGAUGUGUUGGGCGUCGUGUGUAGGAACCAGCUGAUUGUGCAUGUAAACAUCGUGACGGCGGUGCUGUGCCUGGCUCAACAGCGUUCUUUCAUCAGCUGAUUGAUUGUUAUCCGCCCUGCGUAAUUCACAGCCGAGGCUCGGAGGACGGCCAGUUUCGCCAAAGACUGCCAUGGAACAAGAGAAGCGAAUCCGCCGAGAAAUAGCCAAUAGCAACGAGAGGCGGCGCAUGCAGAGUAUCAACGCUGGGUUCGCCUCUCUCAAGACUCUCCUUCCACACCACGAAGGGGAGAAGCUUAGUAAGGCGGCUAUCCUGCAGCAGACGGCCGAGUAUAUUUAUCAGCUGGAGCAGGAGAAGACACGCUUGUUGUCGCAGAACUGUCAGCUCAAACGCCUGCUCAACCAACAGCAACACCAUGCGGAUGUUGAAGGAAGUCCUACAGGAGGCGAGAGUCCCUGUGAUGAUGGGGGCAGUAGUGGAGGGGAGGCGGUGAUUGUCAGCACGCAGGUGGACAGCGGACCGGCCACCGAAGAGCUACGCCGCGAGAUGAUCGACCUCCGGAUGCAACUGGAUAGAGAACGUCGCCAUCGCAUGACCCUCGAGGAACACAUCCGUUCCCUUGAAGCUCAGACGUACCCAGAACGCAUCAAAGAAAUUUCAACUCUGAAACCUGAUGUCCGCGAACCCAAAGUCGAGUCGAUAACAGUGACAGGAUCGGUGUUGGGAACAGCCCUGGGUGCGGCAGGCAUUGGAGGGUCGGUGGCGGGACAGGUGACCAACAUAGUGGAGGUGAGCACAACGCCACGAGCCCUCACGACCACCACCAUCAAGACUGAGCCCCAGAGCCCGCACCAGCCUCCACACCACCAUCACCAGCUUCUCCCUGCAGGUGCAACCACCACAGUCACCUCCACCCCAGUUGCUGCCAUCGCCGCCACCACAACCACCUCAUCCGUUCCCUCCAUGACCACCAUCACCACCAGUGUUGGUCAGCAUCCGCCACGCCAACCGGCAACUGCAGUACUCAGCCGUCAAUCACUAACACCCAAUUCGCACAACCAAAUCCCAGCAACUGUUGUUUCAGGAAGUCCGGCAACAACAAUUGUCACCGUCGUACCAUCAUCAAAGGGAGGUGUUGAUGCACUGCCGUCAGUGUUCGAAGCACUAACAGCUUCUGGUCGAUUUGGAGCCAAGGUAGAGGUGGAGCCAGCACCCCGUGUACCCUCCCCCGAAGCAACCAUAGAGUAUGUAGAUGACAACAAGAAUCACACUGUGUAUAUUGUGAACUCGACAAAUGCAGCUUGUCAGAAGUCCCUCGACACAAUCUGUGAGGCCAUCCGACACUUGGAAGGUGACCACAUGUUCCAGACUGAGGACCAACAUCCACGCAUCGAGGAGGAGAUAAUAACAGAGGAAACACUGACCAUUGAAGAUCACACAGGAGAUCAGGUUACCCUCAGUGGAGAGCACGUGCCCGUUACUCUCGGCGGACAGGUAACCCUCGGGAGUGGACAGGUCACCCUUGCCGGGGAAGACGAACCAAUCACUCUACACAUGGUUGGUGAGCCUCAAGAGGUCCCACUUGAGUUGACCACGACGCACCGUCCCGCCCAGCAUGUGUCGAACCUCACAAACGUGAGUCGACUUUCCCAGCAGCCUACCAUCAACCUCACCACCAACAGUCGUUUAGCUCAGCAUCCUGCCAAUAACAUCUCCAACCUCAGCACGAGGGUCAACCAGCAGUCGCCAAACCACACCAGUUUGAGCAUUGAGGCCGUACCCGUGUCUAUCUCCACCUCCAUCUCCUCCCACCCCUCAUCUUCGUCAAAUCUACUGCAGGCGACAAGACCGGGCGUCAUUGUCGUCAAACAUCCAUAAAAUAUUGGUAUUGACCUCUUAUAUGGGUCGACUGUGUUAAUAUUCUAAGGAACAUAAUAUAAUGCUAUGCCCACCACAGGUCUUGGAAGUACUUGGUGUUUUCUCGCAUAAGGUUACGGACUCCAUUCUUGUGCUUGACUGGUGGGUUGGUGUCCUCAACUUGCCUAGACACUAAAAUUGUGCAACAGAAACAAAAUGAUUAAGUGAGGUUUUGCUGUUAUGGCAUUCUGGAAUGAGUGAUGAUCAGGUGUGAAAAUCUGAAUUGUAAAACGUGUACAUAGCAUAUUUUGGUGUAUAAAGUGUAGGUUAAGUACGAGGAGAUCUGACAGGUCACCAGAGAUGCACCAAUAGUGACUGGCAGAAUCUCAUGUGUCAUCUGCUUGAUUGCUCUUCUGCUUGGAUGAAACUUGUUGCCACAUUUAACUGUAGUUUUUGGGCAGGGCUUUCAUCACAAACUAGGCCCUAUGUAGGCAUUCACGGUCUGAACCCACAAGUAAGGCAGCUUUGGGUGCGAACAAUUCUUGGAUGUCUUACACUUCUGGCUCAUGUUUGGAAAAUCCUGAUUGUUGGCUAUAGUGUAUAUCAAAAAGUCGAAUCUCGUGAAUAAUAUUUUGGGGUCGCAGCUAUCGUGGGUAUAUGGCACAAAAAAUUCCUGAUUUAGAAACAAAUAGAAAUUAAUAAAUGAAAGUAUCUAGAAUAGCUUACAUGCUUUUUUUUUUUAUUAGUACGGAGGUUUUUGGUAAAUUAUAUGUGGAGUAAAUUGUAGUGUGUUGCCACAAAUAUAUAAAUUUAGUGUUUUUGUAUUUACAUGAGGAUUGCUGGAGCAACCAUGGACACUGGAAAAGGUCAUUUUGAGGCAAGCUAAGAGCUACAGUCGUCUUAUGAUAAAUGUAUUAACGUGGUCUUACUGAAACAUGAAAAAUCACAAUGGUACGUCACACAGGCUGACGGUAUAAACGUGUAUAAAAUGGCACUUUACUUUUUGUUUAUAUGGCGGCAACAUAUAAAAGAUGGUAAUUUGCAUUUUAUAUGUACGGCGGCAGCUUAUAAAAAGGUAAUCAUGUAACUCUCAUGUCGUGGCUACCUACUGUAGGGUAGCUGCUGAGGAUUUAGGCAAUUAAGAUACCAUUUUAUAAACACUGCAGGUAUAUAUAUCUGGAAGAGUUUCCCCCAAAAUUUUAAAAGACGCAUUGGCCUCCGUGACAAUUCCUAGGAAAAAAGUAGGGAGAAAUUUGGUAAUUCAAGGUCUGGACGUAUUUUGUAAGACAGGGGCUGUGUGAAGAUGAAAUCCACCAUUUUCAUGUGUCGAUAAAGUGAGCACACUGUGGGAACUCUAAAGGUACCGUAGGGAAAACCUUGAGAUUUAUAUAUAUUUGUUGCUGGUUUGUCAGGUUAUUGCCAUGAUAUGAUGAACAUUCAUUUACAGCUUGACCAAUUCCUUACACACAAGACCACUAUAAAGACUUGGGAAAAAAAUAGAAAUAGGUGUAUAUUUCAGCCUCUUAAAUAAGUGAAUUUUGAAAAUCUAUCAGUCGAUGGAUAUCUUGUGUGUACCAUUUGUUAAUAUUUUCAUUACCUUAGAGAUUGUAUUUGUCUGUACUUGUGUAUGGAUUGUAAGUAAGGAAAUUUGUCUUCAGUUAGUCUUUGAAAAUGGUAUUUAAAAACUGCACAAAGUUGUGGUGCUUUGAAGCAGGGUCGUCCAUGCCUAGACUGUCUGUUGCAGUAUUUAUGUUGACUACUGAGGAUGUGUGGACCAACCCAAGUCUCACUGUGUCCUGUACAUGUUAUACAUAUACAAGGUCUGGUUUUGUGUUUGCUCUAUUAAAUGGAGGCAUUUGA